AUUUUCUUAAUCCUGGAACAACAACAUUGUUGAAGUUACUAAAUUCUACACUCUGUGAGCACCACUAUAUCCCGCCAGUAAGUACAGCUUCCCUUAGAUCUUGUUUACCGACUCUGGAUACAUGUCCCAAAGGAACAAAUGAAACUAUCGCAAACAUGUGUGCGUAUUCUGGCUUGUACCCUUUGGUUAAUCAUAAUAUGAGUGCAUAUGUAUACAAGAACUUCUACUGUUGGAUGUGCUCUACUUCUCCUGUCCUAGAUGAUACUGGCAAGCUGGUUUUACCUGACUGCAAAAUACAAAUAAUCCAGAUCAAUUCUGAAGACCAAAGGGGAAAGUUGACUGUGUUUUCAUUCAGUGUUCUAUUGGAUGUGACAUCAGAAAAUGACCUCCAUAUGAAUACAAAACCAGGAAAGGGAAUUAGUGGAAUGAACUUUGGCGUAAGUUGUGACACAAAUGGGGCCUGCACGACUCUUAAUUGCCCAGAAGGCUAUGUUUAUGUUGAUAAAGAAUGUGUACUGGACAGGUUCACUGUGCCAACUUUCUUAAACUGUUUCUGUAAAGACAAAAACACUAAGAACGUUGAAAUCAGCAUUAAGAACGUUUUUGCACCAAUGGGCUACAUUUCCAAUUUUGAUGACGAUCUUUCUUUUUUAUUCAUUUUCAAUACACUUUUUCCAAGGAAUGUCACACAAGGUAUGAUACAAGAGGCAAUGGAUGGGUACACAGCAACACUGAUAAGCAUCAUAUCAUGUCCCGUUACUGUCACAUUUGAUUUCUCCAUAAAAUCUUUACAUGAUAUAGCAUCUGACGAAAAUUCAGUUAAUCAUGUUUCAUCCCAUGGAAUUUAUAACAAAUUUUCCAUGGUGCAACUAAUUAUGACUUACACUGCAUUAAUGAUGGU